CGCGGUCCAGGACCACGGCUACGAUGAGAUCGAUUUGUCUCGGAAUCAACUCACCGACGGUGCCGUGAGCCACAUCUUGGAGAUCUGCAAGAGGUCUUCAGAGUUGAAGAUCCUGAAGCUCUUCAAUAACCAACUGGGCGAUCAGGGCGCGGAAGAACUGGGGCAGCUCUUUCGCUUCUGCCACGGCAUCGAGGAGGUCCACUUGAGCCACAACCACUUCACCGAGAAGGGGGUGGAAAGCAUGGUGAAGGCUGCCAAUCGGGAACUGCCUCGCUCGGCCGAGCGGCCCCUCUGGUUACGCAUGGAGCACAACAAGGUGGAGCACACCGAACACCUGGCCCGCGACAUGGAACGCCAUUAUCCGGCCGUGUGCGCGCGUGAGGAUCGGCACCGGUGUACCCCGCGAGCUUGCGCCCAUGGGAGACGGAUCCAUUUGCCCUUCCUCAUCGAAGUCCCCAAGGGUCACAGCAAAGGCGACGGCAAGGGCCGUGGACCCCGCCGAGACCACCGCGACCACCGCGACCACGGCCGCGAGCCGCGCGACCACCGCGACCGCUCCCUCCGCCG